CAUAAUAGUGUCUACCGCUUUUGAUUUUUACAUGGAACUGGAUAUAGAGCUAGAGCGAACACUUUACUAGACAAAAAAAGUAAUUACAGACAACUCAAUGUCGGAAAUGUCCAAGCCGGAGGAUUCUUCCGGUUACCAAAGCCGUGAGCUCGAUGAAUUCCGUGUGAACUGGCAACGCGAGCUUCAUGGUCAUGCACAAACCGAAUCCUCGCAGGCUAACGAACAGCCACCCGGCAUUCGUGACAUUGAGGCACAAGCCAGAGCUGAGACGCUCUAUCGCACAGCCGUGGAGUUGGAACAGCGAGGCAAAGUGUACGAUGCUCUAGCCUACUACCGCAAAGCCACCCAAAUGGUACCUGAUAUUGAGUUUAAGUUUUACGAACAGCAAAAAUUGAUGGUCGAUGCCAACAAAAAAUAUCAUAACCUACCCGGGGAUUUUGCUAAGCAACUAGAUUUGACCGAUGCAGAGGCUAAAGAUGUGGAGCCGAUUGAUGGGUUGUACGAAAAGUUCCUACGUGACCUUUGCUGUGAAGAAAUCUACGGAGGCAAAAUCGUCUUGAACAGUCGCGAUUCAAGUGUUCUAACAACAGGCAAUAGAAUGCAUAUUUCCGAUCUGCCGCCUGAGAUUAUAAUGAAUAUUCUACGUUGGGUGGUGUCCUCACAGCUGGAUAUGCGUUCCUUGGAGCAGUUUUCGGCUGUAUGCAAAGGUUUCUAUGUGUAUGGGCGAGACGAGGAGCUCUGGCGUUUAGCCUGCGUCAAAGUGUGGGGCCACAAUGUGGGCACAUUGGAUACCAAGGACGGUGGAGAAUGCUACGAGUCCUGGCGGGAUAUGUUUAUAAGGCGGGAGCGUGUCCUAUUCAAUGGCUGCUACAUCAGCAAAACCACCUACUUGCGCAUGGGCGAGAACAGCUUUCAGGACCAGUUCUACAGGCCGCUGCAGCUAGUCGAAUACUAUCGCUAUAUCCGUUUUCUGCCCGAUGGAAAGGUGCUCAUGAUGACAAGUGCGGAUGAGCCAGCUCAGGGUGUAAACAAGCUAAAGCAGCUCUAUCAUGCACGCCCCGAUGUGCUGCGCGGCCGCUAUCGACUUUUUGGCAACACCGUGACGCUGAUACUGCAGAAGACGCAACAGCUCGCCAGGACCACGACUCAACGGCAUCGUCGUGGUAGUGUGAUGCCCGGGGACGACGACAGCUCCAAUACACAAUAUGUAAUUGAGCUACGCAUCAUGAACUCGCCCAAGCGACGGUUUGCCCAACUGGUCUGGUCCAACUAUACCUUGGUGCAGCAACGGAAUAAGGUCGAGCAAAGCUCGGAAUUCGAUUUAACAGCCGCCAAGUAUCCACCGUUAUGGUUCUCCGCCGUGAAGAGCUAUCAUCUGGAUGCCGAUGCGCCGCUUUCAUAACUUUGAUUUUGUGUAAAUAAAACAAAUGACAUUGCGUUUCUCUAAUUAAAA